UCUUUGUUAAAUGGUUUCCAAUGCAAGAAACCUCAAUACUUUCACAAUCGUUUGUCUCUUUUUCUCAUCAACACUCUAACCGUUUAGCGGAUAUCGUGGACAUGGGUUCUGUGUCGGGUUCGGGUAAGGUCCACCACUGGAACGUGUUCGACGGCGUGAAGAUAAUCGCGGCGACGCCCGAGGCGCUGAUGGCGGAGAUUGAUUCUGCGAUCUCGGCUAUGGAACACUCACGCGCCACCGCUAUGCUCGACGAAGACGAGGGAUACGACGCGCGCGUGGCCGACGAGGCCUACAAGGCGGGCUGCGCCGCCCUCGCCGCCGGCAAGCUAGACGAGGCGCUCCGAUCACUGAACCUCUCUCUCGCGAAGUGCCCUCCCGACAAAGCCUCCGCGCUCGCAAAACUCAACUCGCUCAUCGCUCUCGCUUCUAACCACCUUCAAGCCUCCUCCAAAUGACAACGCGUCGUUUCGUCUCGUCGCGAUUCUUGUGAAUCUUGAACGGAGAUUACAAAGGAUGCUCUGAGGGUUUUCACUCGUGUUACUACUCUUCGUUAAUUAGGAGUGACAUUUGCAACGAAAGUUAGCUGGCGUAUACAUGUUUUAAGAAUUAUCCCUCCAACAAUGAACCCAUCCCUUCUCAUUUUCACUCCCUUAACUCGCACACCGAAGAAGCUUGCAUUUCUCAACCUUCAGCAACUCCACCUUAAUUCUUUUGCUCAUCUAUUUUUUUAUGGCUCCAAAAGUGAAUUUCAUAGUUUCUAAUGAAUUGCAUAAUCAUAAGCAUUGUCUCUCCAUCUUCCCUCCAACUUCCCUCCAUCUUCCCUCCAUCUUCCCUCCAUCUUCCGGUCAGUCAGGUUUGCGAUUGUUCGUCUUCUUCGUCUUCAUUCGCCCGGUUGUGGGUAUUUCAUUUCGCCCGGUUGUGGGUAUUUCAUUUUAUGGUUUCGUAGAAUAUUGUUUGCAAUUCGUUAUUCCCUCUCUCUUUGCUGUUGAAUAUGUAGGUUGUAGGGUGUGUUUCCACAUUGUGGUGGUUUGUGGCUUGCAUUGUUGUUUUCGAUGGAUAUUUUGAGAGGAUUUGCAGCGUGUUUUUUUCGUUGGUGGUGUGUGUACUUCGGUGGUUUCGUUGAGUGGAAAAAGAAUUAGGUAAUACUUUUUAGAAUUA